UAGAGGUGACCCGGGAACGCGCUUUGAUAAAUUUCGGUCAUUUGGUACGCACAGUGAGUUGUCGUUCCUCAGUCUGUCUGUAGCCAUGGCCUUUUGUGUUUGCCGCACCGCUGAGCUCCCGAGCCACCUGGCGCAGACUGCCCGUGCACUGAAGUAUGCACACAGAGGCUAUGCAUCCCAACGUACUCUAAAUGAAGUAGUAAUAGCAAGUGCUGUAAGGACACCGAUUGGAUCAUUUCAGGGAUCUCUGUCAUCACUGACUGCUACAAAGCUUGGUUCUAUUGCCAUUAAAGCCGCUGUUGAAAGAGCAGGUAUAGCAGCAGAAGCAGUUAAUGAGGUGUACAUGGGCAAUGUUCUACAGGCUGGGCAAGGACAAGCACCAUCACGACAGGCAACCCUUGGAGCAGGCCUACCUGUAGCUACUCCUACUACCACCGUCAACAAAGUAUGUGCCUCAGGAAUGAAAGCGAUCAUGCUGGCAUCACAGAAUCUCAUGUGUGGGCAUCAGCAAGUGAUGGUGGCUGGUGGAAUGGAGAGCAUGUCCAAUGUGCCUUAUUGCAUGAGCAGAGGAGCAACACCAUACGGAGGAGUGAGAUUGGAAGAUUUAAUUGUGAAAGAUGGCCUGACUGACGUUUAUAACAAGAUACACAUGGGUAAUUGUGCUGAAAAUACUGCUAAGAAAUUGAACAUUGCUCGGGAGGAACAAGAUAAUUUUGCUAUUGGCUCUUAUACAAGAAGCAAAGCAGCUUGGGAAUCUGGUCUUUUGGCAAAUGAGAUCGCUCCUGUUUCCAUUCCACAAAAAGGAAAACCUGAUGUCCUAGUUCAGGAAGAUGAAGAAUACAAAAGGGUUGACUUCAGUAAAUUCUCAAAGCUGAAGACAGUUUUUCAAAAAGACAAUGGGACAGUUACAGCCGCGAAUGCAAGCACCUUGAAUGACGGAGCAGCUGCUUUGGUUCUUAUGACAUCAGAUGCUGCGAAAAAGCUUAAUGUUAAGCCUCUUGCCAGAAUCAUUUCCUUUGCAGAUUCUGCUGUUGAUCCUAUUGAUUUUCCAAUUGCUCCUGCCUAUGCAAUUCCUAAGGUUCUGAGUGAUGCAGGUCUAAAGAAAGAAGACAUUGCGAUGUGGGAGAUAAAUGAAGCAUUUAGUGUAGUUGUAUUGGCCAAUAUAAAAAUGUUAGAGAUUGACCCUGCAAAAGUAAACGUGAAUGGAGGAGCAGUGUCCCUAGGGCAUCCCAUUGGAAUGUCAGGGGCUAGAAUUGUUGGUCACAUGGUUCAUGCACUAAAGAAAGGACAAUUUGGUGUCGCUGGAAUCUGCAACGGAGGAGGAGGUGCCUCUGCAAUCCUGAUUGAGAAGCUGUAAAAUAAACAUAUUGCUGUUGGAGAGCAGUGUAGCCACACUCCAUGCACUUUACUUUCAAAAUGCUUUGAUAUCUGUUACUAGUAUUUUUGUUCAUUCAAUAAACCAAUGGCAUUUUGUAUA